AUGAAUUUUAAUUCCUUCAAUGCAUUCGGUCUUUGGGGUGUAAUCGAAACCCAAGAAGAGAAGCAAGAACGCGAACAACGUGAGGAGGAAGAACGACAACAACGUGAAAAACGGCAACAAGAAAAGGAAUUGCAUGAAAUCAAUUCAAAAAAUGAAAAAAUAGAAAAAGAUGAAAUCGAUCUUUUGGUCACCUCACUUGGAUUAAGUUCUCUGGUAAAUGAAAUUGUUGAAGAUAAAAAUAAGGAGGAUGUUUUGAAAGAUAAUGGAGACAAAAUACUCGAAAUAGUCCUUGAGAGCGAUGAAGAUGAUGAUGACAAAGAAACUAUUGAUCCGAAAAAUUUGACUGAAAAAAAGGAAGAAGAGGAAAAGGACGUCAAGGAGCCUGAAAAUCCUUUUAUUGAGCCAAAAUCUGAGGCAAUAGAAGACCCCUUACCAUUGUCAAUUUUUAAACGUCGAUCCGUGCCAUUAAUUGAUUAUCUAUGUCAGUUGCACAACUGUGCAUUUAAAGAGCUUCAUGUACUCUUUUAUAACAUCGAAAAACGGCGAGAAAUAAUUCUACAUUUACAAAAUCAAGUUCAACUUCGUACAACCCACUUACAUCCUUCUAAAAAUUUUAUAAUUCGUUGCAAUGAUUUCACUGUUCAGCCAGCAAGUAUUGUUCCUGCUAUGAGAGGAUAUUUGGGUAUAACGGUACGAGGGUACUAUUACGUAAAGCACGGCUUCAAAUUACGUCACCCAUACUUGCCAUGCAUAAUUGAAUUUGGAGGAGGACACCAUCGCUCUUACUACCCGCUUGAAGUUAUUAGUAAAGUAAAUAUGAAUAUUGAAAACUGUACAUGUGUUUUUAAACUUUUGCCUGGUAUUCAAAGAUUUUCAUCAGAAAAUUUUCAAAAAAUAGCUAGAAAUGGAAUAAAUACUGAAUAUAAUCCUAAACGAUUCCACUCAAUAAUAAUGCGAAUUCGUCAUGACCAUAAUAGAACAACCGCUGCAUUAAUUUUUCAGUCGAGUAAAGUGGUAUUAACAGGGGUGCCUAACGUUAAGAUGGCUAGAAAAAUGGCUUCUAUAGUGGUUAAAAGAAUGAAUGCUUCUACUAGAGCAGCAAAUAUAACAGCAUUAUGUGAAUUACGAAUUACAAACCUCAAAGUUACAAAUAUAGUUGGCUCAUAUCGAAAUAUGAAUCCAGUUGCCAUUGAAUUAAUCUAUAGGAAGAUUAGACAACAGUCCCAAGAAAAACAGCAACGAGAAAAAUUAUUUGAAAAAAUUGUUAAGGCUUCAUAUGAUCCAACAAUAUUUCCGGCCCUUCGAUUAAAAAUUAAAGAUGAACUUAGAGAAGCUUCAUGCCUUAUCUAUAUUUCUGGACGUGUUAUAUUAACAGGAUUAGUUUAUAUUGAACAAAUUAAAUAUUUAUUUGACAAUAUUAUUUUACCUCUACUUUUAAAAUUUCCAAGAUUGUAA